AUGGCCAAGUUAUCCAGCGGGGACCUGGACUGGCUUGAUGACCUGUUUACAGAUGUUCCUACCUCCUAUUACCCAUCAUUUGAUGCAGCCCCUUGUAAGCCCCCAGAGAGCGUGAACAAAUAUAUAUAUGUUGUGGUGUACUCCAUAGUUUUCCUUCUCAAUGUAGUUGGCAACAGCCUUGUCAUUUUAGUAAUUUGGCACAACAAGCUGAAGAGAUCGUCCACGGAUGUCUACCUCCUGAAUCUGGCCAUUGCCGACUUGAUGUUUGCUGUGACUCUGCCCUUUUGGGCGGCUUACAAAGCCCAUGAAUGGGUUUUUGGGAUCUUCAUGUGUAAAUUUGUGUGUAUACUACAGGAGGUCAACUUCUACAGCGGGAUCCUGCUGCUGGCUUGUAUAAGCGUGGAUCGAUACCUGGCUAUUGUUCAUGCCACAGAGGCCGUAACACAGAAGAGGCAGUGGGUCAAGUACAUUUCCCUCUCUAUCUGGAUAUUUUCCUUUGUUAUAGCCCUUCCCACCAUCUUGUUUAAGACUGUGUUUUUGAGCCCGAAAAAUGGUUUUAUCUGCCAUGAGGACAUUGGUGCUGAGAACACAUACCAUUGGAAGAUCAUCAUAAGAAUUGGACGCCACUUGGCUGGAUUCUUCAUACCUCUGCUUAUCAUGCUCUUUUGCUAUGGCUUUACCAUCAAAACUCUUUUUCAGACCAAAAGCAUGCAGAAACAACGAGCCAUGAAGGUAAUCUUGGCAGUAGUUCUGGUCUUUUUGAUCUGCUGGCUUCCUUACAAUAUCACUGUUAUUGUGGACUCGCUAAUGAGGACAAGCUACAUCAAUGAAACAUGUGAGCUCCGGGACAGGUUGGACUUGGCCAUCUCUGUGACCGAAAUAUUUGGUUACUCCCACAGCUGCAUCAACCCAAUUCUCUACGCCUUCAUUGGCCAAAAGUUCAGACAAAGCUUCCUCAGGAUCAUGGCCGGCAAGGGUCUCAUCAGCAAGGAAAUCGUGUCUCGCUAUGGCCGGAGCUCCUCUAUCAUGUCAACUUCUGGAAACACAUCAACCACGAUCUAG